AUAAGUCUCGCGACCUAUAGUUUAGUAGGAACUCUAUCACCUUCUAUAGGAAACCUGAGUUUUCUUCACAGUCUUUCAUUAUCUAAUAAUGAUUUCAAGAAUCACAUACCACCUCAAAUUGGCCGUCUUCAUAGAUUAAGAACUCUUAUAUUAGAAUUCAAUUCUUUUGAAGGCGAAAUACCAGCUAACAUAUCUCGGUGUUUGAAAUUAAAAACAAUAGCUGUAGAACACAACAAUUUAAGUGGUAAUAUUCCUCCUCAAUUUAGUCAUCUGUCUAACUUAACAAAUUUAUUGGUAUCGAGCAACCGAUUCACAGGCGAUCUCCUUAGCACGGUUGUUAUGAAUAUGACUUCCUUGCAGGUUUUAUCUGCAGCUGUAAAUUCUUUUUACGGAAGCUUUCCAGAUAACUUUGGAGGAGUUUUAAGAAAUUCAACUUACAUUAGUCUUGCACAAAAUCAGAUAUCAGGUACUAUUCCUUCUUCCUUUUACAAUCACUCUUCUCUCAAUGUUGUUGAUUUAGAAUUUAAUAGAUUAGAAGGGACUGUUCCAUUCGAUAUUGGGUCUCGUCUUCCUCAACUAACUUACUUCAAAAUUAGUGGUAAUCUUUUCCAUGGAAGUCUUCCAGCUGUUUCUCUUUCUAAUCUUACGCAGCUUGUGGGGCUAGCUGUUUACUCUAACAAGUUCACAGGAAAAUUUAAGUUUAGUGCUAAAAACAUGCUAAAUUUAAGUUUUUUAGAUAUCUCAGAUAAUUAUCUAGGAAUGGGAAGAUCUGAUGACUUGAGUUUUGUUCAAACUCUUGCUAAUUGUACCGAGUUACAUUUGUUAGAAUGUAGUAGUAACAGAUUUGGUGGGAUUUUACCUCAUUCUCUUGGUAAUUUGUCAACAAAGUUAACUGAAAUAUAUUUUUCGGGAAAUAUGCUAACUGGAAGUAUUCCGCUUGAGUUAUUUAACCUAAUAAACUUAAGGCGACUAGAUUUGUCAGAUAAUCGACUAAGUGGACAUAUUCCUCAUCAAAUUAAGAAUCUUAAAAAAUUACAAGGCUUUUCUUUUAGUAACAAUCAUCUCCUUGGAGAUAUUCCUUCUUCUAUGGGAAAUUUAUCGUGGUUGAGUGUGCUAUACCUUGAUAAUAAUUACUUUCAAGGAACAAUUCCCUCAAGUCUAGGAGAGUGUACAAAUUUAUUGUCAAUAUCCUUUUCAAACAACAACCUUUCUGGACCUCUACCUUCUAAUCUAUUCAAGGCUUCAAUGUUGAAUACGUUACGAUUGGAUCAAAAUCAUCUACAAGGAGUCAUCCCAACUGAAAUCAAUCAGCUGAAGAAUUUGGUGGUGUUUGACAUUUCUCAAAAUUCCUUCUCUGGAGAGGUUCCUUCUAGCCUCGGCAGUUGCACCGAACUUCUUGAACUACAUAUGGGAGGAAACUCCAUUAUUGGAUCUAUCCCUCAAUCGUUCAAGUCAUUAACUAGUAUGAUGCUGUUGAAUCUGUCACAUAACAGGUUUACAGGCGAAAUUCCAAGUUUUUUGUGUAACAUUUCGGUACUCAAUGUACUGGAUUUAUCUUUUAAUGACUUUGAAGGUGAGGUACCAACACAGGGGGUUUUUGCAAAUUUGAGUGCUUUAACUUUGGGGAAUAACAAGCUUUGUGGUGGGAUUCCUGGACUUCAUUUGCCAAUAUGCUCAAUCAAACCUACAACGCCACCUAAAAAGAAGGGUGGAUUAUCACUUGCUGUCACAUUGAUCAUUGCAAUAGCUUCUUUGGUUAUCGGUGUGUCGAUAGUGUCAGUUUCAUACUUCCUACUCUGCUCUAAGAAGAAACUGUCUAAGGGAUCAUCAUUGAAUCUGAAGGAGUCAUUUUCAAAAGUAUCUUAUAAUAUGAUUCUGAAAGCAACUGCCAGAUUUUCAGAAGCAAAUUUAUUAGGUUCAGGUGGUUUUGGCUCUGUUUAUAAAGGAGUUUUGGAUCUAGAAAGCCAUGUGGUUGUGGCCGUUAAGGUUAUCAAGCUUGAACAGAAAGGAGCUAGGAAGAGUUUUAUGGCAGAGUGUGAAGCAUUGAGAAAAAUCCGCCAUAGAAACCUUGUUAAAGUUGUUACAGCGUGCUCGAGUACUGAUUUUCAAGGAAAUGAUUUCAAGGCUUUGAUUUACGAGUUCAUGCCCAAUGGAAACCUUCAACAAUGGAUUCGUGAUGAUCAACCAGAAAGCCUUAAGCCUGAUCCCAAAAGAGUGAGCAUUGCCAUUGACGUAGCUUCUGCACUGGAUUAUCUGCACAACAAUUGUGAUGUUCCAAUAAUCCAUUGUGACCUAAAACCGAGCAACAUUCUGCUUGACAAUGACAUGGUUGCCCAUGUUGGGGACUUUGGGUUAGCUAAAUUCCAUGUACAUGCAAGCACAUAUAAUAGUAGCUCAGUUGCAGUUAAAGGGACAGUCGGAUAUGCUGCUCCAGAGUAUGGGUUAGGAAGCAUGGUGUCAAAGGAAGGUGAUAUCUGAUAUGUAUAGUUAUGGCAUCGUGUUGAUAGAGAUGAUGACGGGAAAAAAUCCCACAGAUGGGAUGUUUGGAGAAAGUUUAGACCUUCAUAAGUAUGCAAAAGCAGCAUUUUCUGACGAAUUAACAAAGAUCAUUGACCAAACACUUCUAGACGAUGAUAGUGCAAUUGCAGGAGAUGAAGAUCAAGCUGAUAUCUUGGCAGGAAAUGAGUGUAAAAUAAAGUACAUAAGGUCAGUCAUUGAAAUCGGAGUGAAAUGUUCAUUGGAGUCACCACAAGAUCGAAUGAGGAUCGAGGAUGCUUUCAUACAGCUGCAAAGAACAAGGGAUUGCUUUCUUAAAGAGCUAAGCUACAUUAGGUAGAUAAGGUAGCUGAAAUGUUAAUGUAGUUUUAGACUUGUGUAAUUCUUGUUAUAAAAGCACAUUUCUUUGAGCUAUUCAUGAACUUGAUUUAAUCAGGUAAGUGAGGCCCUUGGUAAAUUCUGCAAUGUGUUUUGCAUUGACAUCUGAUCUGGAACUGAUUCCUGUUAUAAAAGCACAUUUCUUUAAA